AUGAUCAAAUAUUUAAUUCGUUUGAGCCUUGUUCUACUAAUUUUGAACCAAUUAUUACCAUGCAACGGAUUGAAAGGAUAUGGUAGAGGUUACGGUGGAAAAUAUGGCAGCAAGGGCUACAAAGAUCCACAGUCAAAGACUUUUGCUGGGACUUCGCCAGGCAUAGCGGGACAAAGUACGACUCGAAGGGGCUUAGGGUUAUCAGCCUGGGGUAACAGGAAAGACUGUAUUGAU